GUGCUCUAAUCUUUUUGAAACACGCCUUUUGUUCCUCAAUUAGGGUUAAUUUCACAUGUUCUCAUUAUCUAGAGUUGGACCUGAUCCUUGAUUUCCUCUGAUGAAAUUAAGUAUAUACUCCAAGUUAUUCUGUAUAAUUCAGUAUUAUUGGAGUUAUUUUCUUGGCAUAUGCUUUUUUCUGGUAAGGAAAGAAGUGAGUGAAAAUGAAGGGAAAACGGUUCAAGCCUUCAAGAUUCUUGAUUUAGAGAGAGAAUCCCUAGUUUGUUGGGCUUCUCAUGGUUUUCUUUGGAAUCUUUGAAGUGGUUGUUUGAAGGUUUUCUAGGUUUAUAGAUUGGGCUCUGGCGUAUUUUUGUGAACUUGGGGGUUUAGGGGGUUGUGUUGAAAUUUGGGGAGAGCUUCUUUUCCCCUGUUUGACAUUUGAAAAACUCGAGUUUUUUUGUGAUUUGGAGAUGGGGAGUAAGAUUUGGCUGAAUGAAGAGGAUAAGGUUGUUGUCGAAAGUGUGUUGGGCAGUGAAGCAACUGAGUAUUUAGCAUGGUCGGCUUCGAAUAACGUGUUGUCGGAGUUUGCUGCAUCUGGUGGGGAUCUGGGAGUGCAGCAGGCACUAUGCAAGAUUGUUGAAGGAUCUGACUGGACGUACGCCAUUUAUUGGCAUGUUUCGAAGUCUAGAUCUGGUAAAUCAGCAUUAAUAUGGGGUGACGGUCAUUGUCGGGAGCCCAAGGAAGGUGAGGAUGAGAAUGGGCAUGAUUCAGAAGAUGGGAAACCGACUGAAGGAGAUUGUGGAAAAUGGGUGCUUCAAAAGAUUCAUGCUUGUUUCGGGGGAUUAGAAGAUGAUAAUGUUGCUUCUAAGUUGGAUCGAGUUUCGAAUGUGGAGAUGUUUUAUCUCACGUCAAUGUACUUUGUAUUCCCUUUUGAUAAGCCUUCCGUUCCUUCCCAGUCGUUCAAUUCUGGCAGGUCAAUUUGGGUUUCCGACGUGAAAAGCUGUCUAGAACGAUAUCAGUCGAGAUCACAUUUAGCCAAGUUGGCUCAUUUCGAGACAGUGGUGUUUGUUCCUACAAAAUCAGGGGUUGUGGAGAUUGGUUCGACGAAGUCCAUACCUGAGGACCAGAGCAUCAUUCAAUCAGCAAAAUCUAUAGUUGGGAAAUUGAAUAAAACUCAGACAAAAGCUUUUCGGAAGAUUUUUGGGCAAGACCUCAGUCUUGGAGGAUCCCGAUCAGGUCCGAUAAGCAUUAGUUUCGCCCCCAAGGUGGAGGAAGAUUCUGGUUUUUCGUCAGAAUCAUAUGAUUUUCAAGCUACCGGCAGUACUCAAGUUUAUGGAAGUUCAUCGAACGGGCACCGGGGUGAUGAUGGUGAAGCAAAACUAUUUCCACACAUGAACCAUAUUGGGGGAUUGAGCUCAAAAGCCAUUAUUUCUAACAUGGAGCAGAAUAAGGAUGAUUUGAUUAUCCAUUGCGAUGAUCGAAGGCCUAGAAAAAGAGGCCGCAAGCCGGCAAACGGGAGGGAAGAAGCACUGAACCAUGUGGAAGCUGAAAGACAGAGACGGGAGAAGCUUAAUCAGCGGUUUUAUGCAUUAAGAGCAGUAGUUCCAAAUAUCUCAAAGAUGGACAAAGCUUCUUUGCUCGGCGAUGCAAUUGCCUGCAUCACGGAUCUUCAGACAAAGAUAAGGGUAUUGGAAGCAGAAAAAGGAAUUCUGAACGAUCAGCAAAAUCAAUGUGCUGUACAAGACAUCGAUUUCCACGAAAGACUUGAAGACACAGUUGUAAGAGUAAGUUGCGCUCUCGACUCUCACCCUGUAUCCAGAGUUGUAAAGGCACUGAAAGAGAAUCAGGUGGAGGCACAGGAGGCGGCUAUCUCCAUAACCGAGAGUGGCGAAGUUGUUCAUACGUUCUCGAUCCAAACACAAGCUGGUGGUGCUGAACAGCUGAAGGAUAAGUUAGCUGCUGCUCUCCUGAAAUGACACCUGUUAAUUUAACUGCAUAAGAUGUGUACCUCGAUCACACCCCGUGUCUCCUGUGUGUACUUUGAGGGGAGUGCCUCAUUAUCAUUAACAUGUUUUGAUGUGAAAACUCUAUUCGCUGAUUGUCCAAAAUUGAAAGAAACUUCUGUUCUGAACA